AUGCAACAGACCCCGGGCUGCCUCCCCAUCCCCAACGGGGGUGUCACGAGACAACCAAGCUUCGGUGACCGGCAGUUCAUGCUGAACGUGCAGGGGACAGCUCCGGGAGCACAGAUUCCCAGGUGGGGUCCAGAUAUACUCCGAAGUCCUGGCAUCCUGGCGCCUUCCUGGGAAGCUCCUGCUCCUCCGAACCCGUCGACAACCAUGCUGACAGAUCACAGGACACCCCCCGGCGGACCAUCCGGCUCCCCGUCAUCGAACCCGCACUCCGGCCUGCACCCUGCGUCCUACAAUGCUCUGACGUUUAGCGCGCUCGCGCUCGGCGCCGCCGCUCCGGGGUCCUCCCCCUAUUCCUCGUCUAUGGCCAUGUCCAUCUCGCCGCCGCGGUGGGGACCGGGCUCGCUCACGGGCAGCCUCGGCGCGUCGGGUUUCGGCCUUAGGUCCGGGUUCGGCAGCAUGGGCAGUGGACUGAGCGGGAGUGGCGGCGCGAGUGGGGCGAGCUUUGUGGGCUCCGUCGGCGGCACGCUUGGCACGUCCUUUGGGCGUCAGGCUGAGGGCCGUGAACGCGAGCUCGAGGCCAAGUACGUCAAGGACUUUACGUGCUGCGGACGACAACUGAGUGGCCUGCACGAGCUGCUUGAGCACUACGAGGAGGAGCACGCUGGUCUCGCGGCCGACGUCCGCAUGGCCGCCAUCAAUGCGGCGCAGACCAAGACGACAACGUUCGCCUCCAACAUUGGCACGAUGAGCUCCGACGUCCCCUCGACACCGGGCAUGAUGGACAUGGAUAUGGACAUGGACGAGCCGUCCGUGCUGAGCCGGCCGCCGGCGGUCGCCGCUCUGAGCCUCAACAGCUCCAUUCCCGGCACGCUCCCCGGCACGCUGCCUGGCGGAAUAUCCUCUGCCUCGGCAUCUCCCUGGAGCGCAGCCUUCCGGCCGAGUAACCUGCAGCCUCCGGCGUGCGUCCCGCCCAGCGUGCUGAGCUACCCGACGCCGCAACCGCAACCCGCCCCCGCGUCACCAGCACCCAAGCUAUCGCAGGAGCAGCUGGCGGCCAAGGCGCUGAAGAAGGCGCAGAAGAAGGCGGCGCAGACGGCGACGCCGCCGAACGAGACGGAGAAUGGGGACGCCACCAAAGACCAAACACCAGAGGAGAAGGGCGAGAAGCGCUUCCGGUGCCCGAUCGAGGGAUGCGGCAAGGUGUACAAGCAGGCCAAUGGGCUCAAGUACCAUCUCACCCGGAGUAUCAACUCGGGUCACGGCAAUGUUGCCGCUAUGGGAGGAUUGCUCUCCAUGCUCGGCCAGGACGAGGACAAGUCAUAG